CACGGGACAGGACGGAGAUACAGGGGUCAGCGAGGCACUACGGAUACAGCGCCAAGCAUCCGGUGCCAAGACGAACGAGGCCGGAUUUGAGGAAUACGCUCUCCGAAUCCGUUCAUAUAUUUCUCACUUGGCAUGUGUAAGAAAUAAGAAGUAUAUAAGAAAUAUCGUACACACCCAUUCCAAGGGCUGAUUGAUUCCACACACUCGCACCUCUAAUACCCCUCAAGGAAACGAGGAACUCGGAAUCGAGGUUGAGGGAACGAGACACAAAAAACCAUGGCAAGGCUUAGCAUCAAGGUCGAUAUCCACUCAGACACGGUUUGUCCAUGGUGCUAUCUCGGGAAGAAGAGCCUCGACAGCGCCAUUGCCACCUUCCGCGCCCGCCAUCCCGGCGUCGACUUUGACUUGGUAUGGAGGCCGUAUAUCCUCCACCCAACUGCUAAGGCCUCUUCAUACCCAAAAGGGUCCAGCAUCUCGGCCGUUCUCGGCCCACGCGCGGGCCCCAUUUUUGAACGCAUCGCGGCCACAGGUGCUGAGUACGGCAUAAAUUUCCGGUGGGAGGGCCUGACGGGCAACUCGCGCGAUUCGCACAAGUUGAUUCUUCUUGCGGCAGAGCAGGAUGCCGCUGCCGCCGCCACGGGUGAGAAAAGGAGAGACAGGAGGUUAUCGAUUGCCACGAUCAUGCGGAACAGCUGCAAGAUGGAGCAAGACUGAGAACAAACAAGGUUGUUCUCUUUUUUUUCUUCCCCCUUGGAAACAAACCAUGUUACUUUCCACUGUCCCGUCGGGGAAGGAGGCUCGAAAGGAAUAAAAGGCGGUGCGGUUAUACCCAGCAAAAAAUAG